AGCAUCUCUAUUCUCAAGCUCUCUCAGAGAGAGAAACGCAAUUGUACGACUCACUAGUUUCAGAUAGAUAGAGAGAGAAAGACGCAUUCUAGGUCUGAAUGUCCGGCUUAGCUUCGGAAAAUGCAUUUGUUUUUUGAUCAGGAGAACAAUAUCAAUAUGAAGAAGAUGAAGACCUCUCAGCAACAAAAAGAAGAAGUCGAAGAAGAAGAAGAGAAGGAAAGAGUUAUCUACAUGGAAAGAGAUUCUAUAACCGUCGUCGGACGUUCUCGUUCACAGGCCGGAACACGGCGAGUCACUCCAAUCAUCGCCGUCAACGAUUCCUCCGCCACCUCCGUUGUGGAGAAGUUCCUCCCGAACGGAGAUCUGUACAUCGGGAGCUUCUCAGGAAACGUGCCUCAAGGAUUAGGUAAGUAUCUCUGGAAGGACGGAUGUUUAUACGAAGGAGACUGGAAGAGAGGGAAAGCUAACGGUAAAGGAAAGUUCUCAUGGCCGUCCGGCGCUACUUUUGAAGGCGAGUUUAAGGCUGGGAGAAUGGAUGGAUUCGGAACAUUUGUUGGAUCUAACGGCGAUUCGUACAUCGGUUUCUGGUCAGCAGAUCAUAAGCAAGGACAUGGAGUCAAGCGUUACACUAACGGUGAAUUUUACGACGGUUCGUGGCGGCGUAAUCUACAGGAUGGCCAUGGACGGUACGUUUGGAAGAACGGUAACGAAUACGUAGGCGAUUGGCGUGGAGGCAUUAUCAAUGGAAGAGGAACAUUGAUUUGGGGAAACGGAAACCGAUAUGACGGAAGUUGGGAGAACGGUGUUCCUAAAGGGAGCGGCGUGUUUACCUGGCCGGACGGGAGCUGCUAUAACGGUUCAUGGAGCAAGGACAGGGAAUGGAAAGGCAAUAGUGUUAAUAAAUGUGGUAAGAUCUCGGUGCCAUCAGUAAGGAUGAUGGCUGAACCUUCGAUGGCGACGAAGAAGAGAUCAUCGUCGUCUGUGGAAGGAUCUAGAGGAAGCUGUACAUGGAGGAAUUUCAGGAAAAUUUGUAUAUGGGAAUCAGAUGGAGAAGCAGGAGAUAUAACCUGCGAUAUAGUUGAUAAUGUGGAGGCGUCUAUGUUCUACAGCGGUUUCCGCCAGUUUCGUCCAAGUUCAUGUUGCUUCGAUGGAGGAGAGGUUAAGAAGCCUGGGCAGAUGAUAUCAGAAGGCCAUAAGAGCUACUCAUUGAUGCUCAAUCUUCAACUCGGUAUCAGGCAUUCAGUUAGUAAACUUACCUCCAUUGAUCGAGAUCUGAAACUAAGUGAUUUUGAUCCGAAAAAGAAGUUCUGGACUAAGUUUCCUCGUGAAGGAUCGGAGGUUACACUUCCUCAUCAGUCUGGCGAAUUCCGAUGGAAAGAUUAUUGCCCAAUGGUCUUCAGACAUUUAAGGGAGCUAUUCCAAGUGAAUCCCGACGAUUACACGCAAGCUGUUUGUGGAAAUGACGCACUGAGAGAACUUUCAUCUCCAGGGAAGAGUGGAAGCUUCUUCUAUUUGACACAAGAUGAUAGGUUCAUGAUUAAAACUGUGAAGAAAUCUGAAGUAAAGGUGCUUAUUAAGAUGUUACCAAGUUAUUAUCAGCAUGUCUGUCGAUACGAGAAUACCCUAGUCACUAAAUUCUUCGGUGUCCAUUGUGUAAAACCAGUUGGUCGAGUCAAGACACGGUUUGUGGUUAUGGGUAACUUCUUUUGCUCGGACUAUCGAAUACACAGGCGAUUUGACCUUAAAGGGUCAUCCUUUGGGCGGACAGCAAACAAAUCGAAAGAAGAGAUUGACGAAACCACCAUACUUAAAGAUCUUGAUCUCGAUUUUGUAUUUCACCUUGACAAGAUUUGGUUCCAAGCACUUAUUGAGCAAAUUGAUCGAGAUUGUGAAUUCUUGGAAACCUCGAGAAUAAUGGAUUACAGUCUCUUGGUUGGUAUUCACUUCCAAAAUGAUGAUAAUAUGGCCGACAAAAUAGGUCUCUCGCCCUUUAUUCCUCGAGUUGGGAAAAACGGUUCGUAUCAAAAGGAGAAGUUCAUGCGUGGCUGUCGUUUUCUUGAAGCAGAGCUACAAGGCAUGGAUCGAUUCUUAUCUGGCAGGAAGCCAGUUAUGAGAUUAGGAGUAAACAUGCCUGCAAGGGCGGAAGGAGUGGAUCGGAGAAGUGAUUUUGACGGUUCGUUAUCAUCAUCUAGGGGUCGAACAUACAAAGUAGUACUCUACUUUGGUAUAAUCGACAUAUUGCAGGAUUACGACAUAACCAAGAAGCUCGAACAUGCUUAUAAAUCGCUGCAAGCCAAUCCAGCCUCUAUAUCAGCCGUCGAUCCAAAACAUUAUUCUAAGAGAUUCCGAGAUUUCAUCUUAAGAAUCUUUAAAGAAGAUAGAUGAAUAAUGUACAUACAUUUGUUUCCCAUGUGAGAAAAGGGUGGAUUUUGAUUACAUUAGUGUUUCUUUUUUGGGAUUAAGAAUUCAAAAAUAUAGAUAGUGGGAUUUGGAAUUAAAUUAAUUGUAUAUAGAGGAAUUACCUUUUUUUAAAGGAUUGGGGAAUUUUGUGACAUGUGAGAGAUUAUUGAAA